AGCACAGUUAGCAGCAACUUCAUAUCAUUUGUGCCCAAAGCAGAAUACUAGACAGGUUCAAGGACAUACCAACUUACAGAUUUCAGCGACAGUCAACAGCAACUAAACACUCAAACAUGAUGGAAAAACGUCGCAUCUCAUUGGAAACUAAUGACAUGGUCAGUCAGCCCAUGCUCGGCGUCCGCCAUCUACAGUGUUUCCUUAUCUUCUGUGGACUAUGCCUGAUUUACGCUAUGCGCGUCAAUCUUUCAAUGGCCAUUGUGGCGAUGAUGGAUAAUGCCGCAGCGAAUCCUAACUUUCCGGAGUACGCUUGGUCGCAGCAAACGAAAUCGCAUAUUCUCAGCAGCUUCUUUUGUGGUUAUAUAUUGGCGCAGGUACCAUCUGGUCACUGGGCGCGCCGCUUCGGUGGGCGUUUGCUUUUAUGCAUCAGCGUGACCGUUAGCAGCACAUUGGCGUUGCUUACACCUCUAAGCGUCAGUCGAGGCGGUUGGCCAAUGCUGUGUGCCUUACGCUUCUUUCAGGGCUUAUUUCAAGGCGCCACCUAUCCCACGAUUGCAACUAUAAUGGCUAAAUGGGCACCCAUUGAAGAGCGCAGCGCAAUGCUGACUUACUGCUGUUCGGGCCUAGAAUUGGGCAUAUCGAUUAUGUUGGCCAUCAGUGGUGUACUCUGCUCUUCCAGUUGGGGUUGGCCCAGCACCUUCUAUAUACCCGGCGGUUUGGGUCUCCUAUGGGCUAUUGUUUGGUUUGUAUUUGGCGCGAGUACGCCGAAUGAUUGUAAAUACAUUUCAGCCGCUGAACGUACACUAAUUAACACAUCUUUGAGACGGCAUGCAAAAAGUGAAGAAUGCAACACCACGAAUGCGGUGCCGUGGAAACAUAUCGUCACCUCAAGACCCUUUCUGGUGCUUGUACUUAGCCAGUGUGCGAGCUCUUGGUGCUUUUGGACGCUGCUCACGCAAAUACCAUCCUACAUUAAAAGUGUGCUCGGCAAGGAUAUACAAAGCAAUGCUUUCUAUUCAGCGCUGCCCUAUCUCACUAUGCUCGCUGUUUCACUAGUACUCUGCCCAUUGGUGAGCUACUUGGAAAAGUCGAAGCGCCUGAAUGCGACUGUGAGUCGAAAGCUAUUCAAUACAAUCGGCCAAUGGAUACCGGCGGCAACACUCGUCUACCUCGGCUAUUUACGCACCGAUCAAGGAGACUUGGCCAUCACAUUGCUGACGCUGACUGUAACAAUUAGCACUGUUACGCAUUUUGGCUAUCAAGUGAAUCACCUGGACUUAUCGCCACACUUUGCGGGCACUUUAAUGGGCAUUGCUAAUUCGGCGGCGAAUGUGAUGAGCAUCAUUGCGCCGUUGAUCGUCGGUUAUAUUGUCACAGAUGCGACAAAUCUGCAUCAGUGGCGGAUUAUCUUCAUUCUAGCAGGAGGUAUCAGCUUCUUUGGAAAUUUAAUGUUUGUUUUCUUUGGCACCGCCAAAGUGCAGUGGUGGAACGAAGGCUCACAAAUGAGCAGUGGGCUUAAACACAAUGGGGAUGGACGGUCUGUAGACAUAAAAAGUAUUGAAAUUUAUGUGCCAAAAAGUGCUGAAAAUGUUAGCAGUUCAAGAGAGACCUUAAAUUUAGAUUAG